CGUUCAUUUUCACAUUUGGCAUCUGUGUAUAACAACACGUUUUAAUUCGGUUUUUAAUCCCAGAUAUUUUUUUCUCUUUUGAAAAUUUAGUUGGUAUUGAAAAUAAAUCUAAAUUUAAGAUUGUGCCAAAAUGAAUUCGUCAAAAGCAUUGGUGAUCAGCAGGAUGGCUGCCUUUGGCUUCAGCAGCCUGGCGAAGUGCCGCGGAAUGAAGCAGUUCCGACUGGAUGAUAAGUACUACAGGCCAGGAACCUUGCAAGUGCGUGACUACAAAAGGACUUGGGCUAAACAGCAGGAGCGGGAAGAGCGCAUGGAUGACACGAAAUACAACCCGGGACGCUGGACGGAGCGUGAAUAUCAGGCAACCUGGCGGGAACCCGUGGACGUGGAUGAGGAACCGCAGGAAGAAGUGAGGGACUCGCGUCACAGGGAGGAGCCAGCACCAGUCCCUGUGCGCCGACGAUCCUUCGAGCCCUCGAGGCGUCUCCAGAGGAACGCCAUUCCCGCCAGCAAGUUCAUUUCCCAGUUCAUCUCCACACAAGAGAAAAACAGGAUGCGCAACCUCGAAGUUGCUGCCGAUCGCACGGCAUGUGAUGAAUACCAAUUGGUCUGAAAAACCUGGCUGAUGGAGAGGCCACUCUUACAUUUUCAUGGAUUUACAAUACAGUAACGUUUUAUUUGGAAAACCGCUUUAAAAAUUAUUCGAUGUGUUAACAAAUACAUAUAAAAACUAAAUUAAUUGACAACCUAAAUCAAAUCAAA